UUUGUUUUUUAUCAUUUCUCUUAUCUCUUAUGUGUUUUCUUCGAUUUCCACGACCGGAAGAACGGCGACGUGUCGUACGCUUGUGGGGUGUGGUGGUGUACUCCCGGCGGAAUGCAUUCUUCCCACACAUGAAGCUGGUCAAAUCCUUCAAGAAGUGGCAGGAGACGUUCUUCUACGUCCGGAGCGUCGCGGAGUGGCGCGAUUGGGUCAACCUCCCGUGAUGCACCAAUGAUUAUCUCCAACUGGCUCCUCGAGCCAUGCAUCAAUGAAAUCACAGGGAUCCUGAGCCGGCUACAGUAGCUCAAGGCCGCGGAGGGGCUGAUGCCCGUGAAUCUGGUAGCAGCCUUCAUCUCCUGCCUGGUGAUGCCACUGCAUGAGCGGCCGUACCGGGUCUAUGACAUGGGCUUCCGAAAGAACGCACGUCGGCUGUUGACCAUUGACCUGGUGCCGGCCAAGAUAUCUGCCCGGGUGAACGCCAUCAGAGGCUUCAAGCUGUGGGUGGACGACUCGUGGUUCGACAAGGAGCCGUUCUGCCACAACUUUCCCGCAUUGGGAAUCAGGUGGACGACCGCAUGGAAUCCGACAGUAUCGAUUACGGGAUGGACGAAUAUGACUCCGACGCCUCCGGGGGCUCGAAGGUGCUGGAAGCAGAGGAGGAGGAUGAGGUGGAGGCACCGGCCGACCCGCGGCUGGCGGGUCUAGGCCAGCCGGUCAGUCCUGCCCCGAUGUGAUCUUGAAGGACUGGAGGGAUGACGACGAAGAUGGUGUGCGUAUUGUGGAUGCGCCGCCUAUCGCAGUGGAACCCUUCUAGCAUCGCCGACGAGGAGGGAGGGAGGAGCUUCCGGCUGGGCGCCAGCCGACAGCGGGAUAGCCGGCCCGCCGAGAGAUGGCGGAGGAACGGCGGAGGGACAAACGGCCGAUCGAGGGGCCAUCGAUCGACCUGGCCGCCAAGAAGGUGCGGUCACCCAUGCUGGUGCGGGGCACUAGGCCGCCGGUGCAGAGGGUGCCGAGGUGCAGUGGGCGUCCGCUUCCCAUCGUGUGUGGAUAAGGACUUUUGCUAUUUGAGCUCGUGCUCUUUCCUUUUUGUUGCCGGUCUGCAUUGUUUGAGCUCAUGCUCUAUUUUUUCUGUUUUCUCCUAGCGAGGCCAUCAAUCUUGCGCUGCCGGCCCCAUCGGGUCGUGCGGGCGAGGCAGCCGCGAAGUUGGCCACGGAGUAUGCCACGAAGGCGCAGCUCAAGAAGGAGCCUGCCACCCAGGUCCGGUUGGCCAAGGCAGCAGCCGCCCACCUUCCGUUGGCCAAGGCAGCGACCGCCCAGAGCGAUCCCACAACCAAGGUGGCGGGUGACGCCACGACGCUGCCAUCCCUCGAGGCUCGUGCCCGAAGGCCUCACUGGCCCGCACAAAGCAGCACCGGGAGUCAGCCUCGGAGCAGGCCCUAGAAGCGGAAGUGCCGCUAGCUACGGAGCCAGAAGUGGUGGAGGAGGAAUUGUGCAGCCGAACGACGGAACCGCCACACCGACCCGAGCCCGAGGCCUAGGGCGGCGACGACCAUGCCCUGGUCAUUCCGUUUGCGCGUCCAAGUCUGAAUGCUUCAGGGGUGUCUGGCAGUGGGACCACCAGACGGGUCGAUCGAUGUCCGCCGUGCUAGAGGACUAGGCAAAGUUGAAUCGUUCCUCGAGAGCGGCGAAGUGAGCAUGUCCGCUGGGGGGCUGGCCGUCGUGCUAGCCAGCGCGACUAAGGUGAUGGUGAAGUAUAACCAGGGGAUGGCCACCUUCGCCUAUUUGGCGGUGAUCAACUUCCAGCUGGUGGAGCGGGCCAUCCAUGUAGGUGCCGCAAAUUUAUUCUUUAUCGUUUCUUUGCUUUCUAGUGGGGGCACGCCACCGCACCCGUGGGUGUAGUACCCAAGAUUCGGGCCUGCUGCAUGGAUGCGUGGCAACCGUGCCAAAUCUUUUUUUGAAUAUCCGUAAGUUCUUUGGUGUUU